AUAUAUAAAGUGAUAUCUUUGCAAUCGCUGCAAUAAUGUCGGCAAAGCAUGUAGAAAAAGUGGAUAGUGCAAAUAUAAAAGACUCUGAGAACGAGACAGAUGACAUUUCGAAUAGUACUACGGUUCCUUCAGCCACGCCCACGGAGACGCCCAGUGAAAAUGCUCCCGCUGACUUUGAUAAGGCAAUUGAAGCAGCUGGCUUUGGGUGCUUUAACCUGAUUCUACUGUUGGUGGCCAUUCCCGCUCAGUGUGCAGCCAUUUUUGAGUCUAGUGUCAUGUCAUAUAUACUGCCGGUUGCCGAAUGUGAUCUCCAUUUGACGCUCACGGAUAAAGGAAUAUUGAAUGCAACGGGCUAUGCCGGCAUGAUUGUGUCAGCCAUAGCUUGGGGUUAUCUGGCCGAUACAAAGGGACGUCAAAAGAUUCUUUACUCUGGUUAUCUGAUAGAUGCAAUUUGUGUGCUUGGCAGUGCCUUGAGUCAGAAUUUCUGGAUGUUGGUGGUGUUUAAAUUUCUGGGGGGUUUGGUGGUCAAUGGGCCAGCUGCUGUGCUGUUCACCUACUUGACUGAGAUGCAUGGACCCAAACAUAGAUCCAGUGUCCUUAUGGUUGUUGGCAUGGUUACUUCUGUAGCAACAGUUGCCUUACCUCUGCUUGCAUGGGCUGUUUUUCCCCGGGAUUGGGAUUUCCAAAUAUUUGGCUAUCUAGACAUUCACAGUUGGCAAAUUUAUUUGUUAAUCUGCGGCUUGCCAAGUCUUAUCAGUGGUCUGCUUUUUAUCAUAAUGCCAGAGAGUCCAAGAUUUCUCAUGGCACAGGGACGUAAUGAGGAGGCCUUAAAGGCUUUCCAAACCAUUUACCAUUACAACACUCGUAAGCCCAAGGAGUCCUAUCCAAUCAAAACUCUUAUUCAAGAAGUGCCAAAUAGGAAAGCCAACAAGGAUGAAGUCAUCUACACGAUUGAGGAGAAGACUGAGCUUCCAGAUACAACAGAAACUCAGACUUCAAAGAAACAGUCUCGAACAUUACUGGAAAGCCUUCGGGCUGGCCUGCAACAGAUGAAGCCAUUGUUUCAUAAGCCUUUGCUCCUGAUGUCCCUGCGUUGUUAUACCAUGCAAUUUUGCAUCUUUCUGGGCAUGAACACCAUACGCCUGUGGUUACCUCAACUGUUUGCCUCCAUGGCCGAGUACGAGGCUCUAUAUGCUGGCCAAGAUGUAUCGGCCAGCAUGUGCAAAGUGCUGGAGUUCAGUGUGAAUCGAACAGCCGAGACUACAACUAAUUAUGAGACCAAAUGCUCUGAGCCGCUACACAUUUCAAUGGACAUGUACACGAAUAAUAUUAUUGUCUCGGCAACUGGUUUUGUGGGAUAUUUCUUUGCUGGUGCCAUUAUGAGAGCCUUGGGACCCAAGCGUUUGAUGAUUUAUGGACUCUUUUUAUCUGGCACACUUGGCAUUACGCUACACUUUUCCGUCAGCAGUCUGAUGACUCUAAUUGUAUCAGCCACAUUCCUGACUAUAACUGGCAUAGCAGUCUCGUCGCUUUUGGGUGCUGUGGUCGCAUUGUUUCCCACACAAUUGCGAACGGUUGUCGUUGCCAUAGCCAUGAUGUGUGGCCGUUUUGGUGCAUUGUCAGGCAAUUUGCUUUUCCCCGUUUUCAUACAAAUUGGCUGCUUACCUCCAUUUAUAAUGGUUUCCUCGGUGCUCCUCUUUUCAGGGGUGCUCUCAAUAUUCCUUCCCAAUCCUGCAAAGGCAACAUUUUCAUGAACUAACUAUGAAGACCAUUUGAAUGCUAUUUAAUUUGAGCUUUUACAUUUCAUUUCGCAUUUUGUACUUACUUAUUAUUGGUAGAUUAUUGUAUAAGUGUUAUUUAUAAAAUAAAAAUUACAAAUAUUUAAUAUUAAA